AUGAGUCUGGUACUAGACGACAUCGUCCGCUCGCUGACAAAUUCUAACGAAAGAACACCUCUACAGACCCUCAAGACCACCUUGCACCUGCUGUACGAAAAAUCAAAACAAUAUGGUCUCUCAUCACCACAACUACAAGUGCUCGUACGGUUCAUUUGCGAGACCUCUGUGAUAGACACCGUGACAAAAGUGUACAUCGUGGAAAACUGUUUCCUGCCGAACGAGUACCUGACCAAGGACCCCAUCUUGGAGGUCAUUAACCAUCUCGGUACGCCAACCGUGUUCUCUCGGUAUCGCAUACAAACCCCCCCGGUCUUACAAUCAGCACUGUGCAAAUGGCUGGUGCACGUCUACUUCCUGUUUCCUGUACCUUCGGAAUGGGGCCGUAACAUAUCGGGCUCCAUCUGGUUGCAUUUAUGGCAGUUUUCCUUUCUGCAAAAAUGGAUAACUUACCUCAUUAUUUGGCAAACCUCCACGCCAAAUGACGUCAAGCCCUGGAAAGUGUCCAUCAUCAGGAAAUGCGCCAUGAAUCCCGGUUACCGAGAUGCUCCCGCCACUGCGACGUUGAUCUUGCAACGCUACCAGGGCCUCGUGGGUGCCUCCAACCAACUCAUCGAAUUGAUUAUAAAUAUUAAUUGUAAUAAGAAAACCCUGAAAAAUCACAAAAAUCUGAAACUAGAUACACAUUUCCUAUCCGCUUUACAACGAAUAUUGUCUAGAGCUCAUCCCGCCAGUUUUCCCGUGGAGGUUGUUCAGAAUACAGUCGAUAUGUUUUUAAAUGAAAUCCAUCAACUAGGUACCGCCUCCACACGCCCACUCCGGCUUCAAUCAUUACCAGGACAUUCAUCCUCAAAUGGUAUGGUCUCCCUACUGGAUAUCACUUCAUUGGAUCAACUAGCCCAAAACUGGACGCAACUAUAUAUUCCCAAUGACGUGGAUUCUAUGCUGGCUCCGUCCUCAAAUAUCAAUUCUUCACUACAGCCAAGAGUCCUAUCUAGAGAAUCGCUCAGGCAUUUAUACCCCUGUAUCACUCUAAUCAAAAAUGGUCGCCAGACAUCAUCAUCAUCGUCAUCGUCAUCACCACGUGAGUGGUGCAUUUGGCAAUUAAAACGAUGUUUUGCACAUCAGGCAGAGGCUCCUCGAGAUCUGUUAUAUACCAUCGUUUCAAUCUCCUCAAUGGACAACGAAUUGUCUUAUCAGAUCAUUCAAACAUUUUGCAAUUUGAAAUACCUAAAGCACGACGAAUAUACCUUGAAGAACAUUUGCGGCGGUAUCUUGCCAUUAUGGAAACCCCAAUUAAUUAGCGGUACAAGAGAAUUUUUCGUUAAAUUUAUAGCUGGUGUCCUCAUGUGGAGUACCCACGAUGGCUACGAUAACAAUCGAACCUUCCCUGAGAUAUGUUUUUAUAUUUUACAAAUGAUUACGAAUUGGCUUCUCGAUGAUAAGCUAAUGACGCUUGGACUGACACUACUGCACGACAUACAAAGCUUGCUCACUUUAGACCAAAUUUUCAACAAUUCCACCUCAAAUCGAUUUUCCACCAUGGCAAUAAUCACUUCAUUGAACGUUUUGAUUCAGUUAUCUACACAGAGCAAUUCAGACUACGCGAUUCAAUAUUUGAUAUUGGGUCCGGACAUCAUGAACAAAAUCUUCACCUCUGAUGACCCUUUACUUUUAUCAACCGCAUGCCAAUAUUUAAUCGCAACAAAAAAUAAAUUAAUGCAGUACCCACCAACAAACAAAUAUGUUCAAACACAAAAUCAGUAUAUCAUGGAUUUAACAAAUUAUCUAUAUAGAAAUAAAGUGUUUUCAUCCAAAAGUCUAUUUGGUAUCCCAAUAGACUUUUUCAAAAUGACUCUAGAAAACGUUUAUGUUCCAACCGUGGAUUUCAAAAAUUUGAAAUUUUUUACAAUAACUGGUAUCCCAGCAUAUGCGUAUACUUGUGUCAUUAUUCUCAAGCAAUUAGAAUCAACCCAAAAUACCAGAAUAAAAUUUACCAGCGGUAUUAUAAAUGAAGAGACGUUCAAGGAUUUCGUUCGAAUAAACCACAGCGAGUUCACUCAGCAAGGUUGGAUUAAGGGUAUAUCUAAUAUCAACGAUUUAAGAGUCGAAAUAUUAAAACACGCAAGUACAACAGCCAACCCGUAUAGCGGAAUUGCCGUAUUCUUAUUUACCUAUUUGAAAAGUCUCUCCAAGUAUAAUCCACAGAACCCGUAA